AUGAGACUCACGGCUGCUUUACUCUUUGUCGGAACGGCCUGGGGUGCCCAACACCAUCACCGACGGGAUACGGACAAUGGCAUCAAUCUUAGUGCAAUCUCAAGCGCACUACAGCAUCUGAUGGGCAACACAACAGCCACUGCAAACUUUGCCAACAUCUCGCCGCCACCUAGAUCGCUCAUCCCCGAGAUUCUAUCGGUCGUACCCGUAUCGGUCAUCUGGGAACUCGUCAACCCAGCGGAGCGCAGCUCCCUUGCCAGUCAAUUUAAGGCCGGUACUACCCCCGCCUGGUACGGCGCCCUCCCAUCGGACGUGAAAGACUACAUGUCGGUGGUCAAGUCACAAAUCUCUGCGGGGGCAUUGACAGCCACAGCGUCCGAGGAUAAGCCCACGGCAGCAAAUACGGGGGCAGCGACAGCAACUGCGACCGAUGGUACUUCUGGGGCCAGCUCGACUUCGUCUAAAGGUGCGGCUGCACAGCCCACGGGGUUGACCGUGUCAGCAUUGGGGGCGCUGGGAGUGCUUGGACUAGCACUAGCUCUGUGA